AUGGUGUCUACUCAGUUUCAUGCUCGGGUCAAAGUAUUCCGGACUGAUAACGGAGACGAAUAUGUGAAUAACACUUUGACAUCUUUCUUCCGUGCUCAAGGUAUUUUUCACCAAACGACAACCUCAUUUACUCCUAAGCAAAAUGGUGUGUCUGAACGCAAGAAUCGUCAGUUACUUGAAGUUGCCGGCUCCCUUAUGUUGAACAUGAAGAGAGGGGGAGUGAAUUGGAGAGUCUUGGAUUGGAGAAUGAUGUGUUUGAAGAUACUGCUCUUAGGAAGGAAACGACCUGUAGCACUGAAGCAAGUGACCGGUCGCCCAUAUCUGAAAAUGAAACUUGUGGUCCCUGUGAAAAAACGACUGAUCGCCUUUUGGAACUUGACUAGUCGCUCAUAUAUGAAGAUGAAGCAGGUGCUCUCGGUGUCGAAACGACCGGUCACACUAAAGCAAGUGACCAGUCGCCUGUAUCUGAAAAUAAUGACAGUGAUUCUUGUAUGGAUGAGUUCGAUUGUAUGUGUGUCAACUAAGCUGCAAGAUGCUUUAUCUAACCCUAAAUGGAUGGAAGCCAUGAAUGUUGAAAUAGAUGCCUUGAACAAGAAUAAAACAUGGGAUUUAGUUCCUUUGCCAAGAGGGAAGAAAGCUGUUGGAUGCAAAUGA